UUCCAUUUUACUAAUUAUGCUACAACAACAAGAAUAAAAACAACAACAACUCAAGAUGGCUGACAGUCUGGAAGCUCUGGAGAAACGUCUUGAAAUGCUUGAAACAAAAGUGUUUGGGGCAUCAAACAAAGACGCUCAUUAUCCGCGGUCUGUGACGCAGUCGAAGUGUACCGACACGCUAGCCAAUGUACAGACCAGACUAGGCAAGUCUGUUGCAGGCAAGAAGAAAAUCAACAGGAUCUUUGAAAGACUGAAUGAGCUACAGGAUUGCUUGGACCCUGCAAAGGCAGAUGAAAUGACUUUGUCAGACGAUGCCAAAGUGGAGGUCAUUCUUGCGGAGGAGGAUCUGUUGCUGCAGCAGUCUGCCAGGUUGGAGACCCUGGAGCAACUGAAGGGGUCCCUGGACAGUGAACACAUCAAAGCGGUGCCUGGCCUGGGUGGGCGCCUACAGGAGCUGAGCCAGGUACAGCUACGGCAGCAGGACGAGGCAGGUCACAUGUCUGAACAGGCGUACGAGCUCCUCACUCGAUACAACAGCAUCGUCAACCUUCUGUCAAAGCAGUUUGUGCAAUGGGAUGAAACUCUCACCAGGUUGGAACAAGCCAAAUUUACAAAGAAACCACUGGAUUAGAAUUAGAACAACUGAAAAUAAAAUAUGUUUGACUCCAAUAUAUUCAACUGAUAUGCAUGCUUUUCAAUUACACUUCAACACCGUUAUUUCGAACACCGAUAAUCCGAAGUCACUGUUAUUUCGAAGUAUUUUUCGGGUCCCGAUAUUGGUUCUUCUUUGUUUAAUGUAAAAUUUCAUUGUUAAUCCGUACUUCGUUAAACCGAAGAAAUCGUUAAUUCGAAGUGAUUCAGUCGGUCCCAACACUAUAAUUCGCACCUUAUUAAUAAUUUUUAAUCCGAAGUCAAAACUGCAAAAUACUGAGCAUAAUUUCACACCUUUGUCGUGGCACGUCAAAAGCCGAUAAUUACACCUUUGUCGUCUGCGCGAACGCCGGUGUUCAGAGAGACAUCGCAUAUUAGUUUAAAAAAAUGUUAAUUAAUUUCCGAAAAUGUAUUAAUAUGUAUGUACGUCUGAUAAUUUGAGCUAAUUAUUAUAUUUUAUAUGUUCUGUAAUAAGACAAAAAUAAAAACAAGAAAAAUAAGCGUUUUAUUCCUCCGUUUGUUACAAUUGGAAAUCUAUUGCUAUCUGACUAGUUUACGCUUUUCAGUAAGCGUGUAACCGAACCAUGUGAAUUCCACGAUUUAUUUUUUACAGAAUCAAAGAAGUCUUCUGUCAAAUGUUUAUUUCGAAUAAUCGUUAAUCCGAAGUUUUUUUAACAGUCCCGACUACUUCGAAAUAACGGUGUUGAAGUGUAAUGCAUUAUGCUUGGUUUUUUCAUUUUAGGGGAAAAUCCUUUGAGAAUUGAUGCUUAUAGUGAAUAUUGUUACAGCUUAAUAAGUAUAUUCUUUUGUAUGUAAUAAUGAUUUUGUAAUUUCGGAUGAUCAAAUAUUUGAACACUUUCAUAUCCAAGUACUAGUAUUUGAAUAUGAACUUCGCCAUCCCUUAUUUGAAAUAUAGUUUCUUUUAAUGUAAGCUAUUUUAUAGUAGAAAGAAAAACUCCGAGAUAAGCUUUUUUAUAUGGUGGAAGAGUUAUCUAUUUGUGAUUUGUGCUUGUCUGUUUUGUGCAAUAAUAUGAAACUUGUAUUUCUGUUGCAUUUCAUUUAUUUAUAUUACGGUUAUUCCAGGUAGAAUUUCUUAGUGGGCUAACUAAACAUUAUUUUGUGUGUACAUGUAUGUGUUGUCAUAUUGUAUUGUCAUAUAAUUUUAAACUUUAAAAAUAAAUAUUUGUAUCUGCA